UUGAGAAAUAGGAUUUAAAGAUAUUGAGGCAUCAAAGCAACCACGUGGAGUGCAAAUUUUGAGGGGCGUAAUUCGAUUGUUUAGACCUCGGCAGUGAGACCAGGAGAGAACGAAAAGCGCGUACAAAGAGCACAGAGCUCCCUCCUACCAAGCGCACUGUUUUUUGCGCUUGGUAGUGAGAGAGAAGAGAGAAGAGAGAGAGAGAGCUGCGUAAACAGGACGGGAAUGGCCGACCCCUACUGGAGAUACUCGGCUGAAACAGGUCGGUCCUCGUGGGGUGCAAAUGAUUCACGUGGAGCUUCUUCAGAAUUCCUACAGAAUGAUAUUUUACAAUAUCGACCUGGAGUUUAUGGUCUUCAUAAUGUUGGGGGAAUUGGGACUCAUUAUACACCAGGACUUAGUGGAUUCACCACUGGAACAAGUGGAUUUUCUACUGGAACAAGCGUAGGAGCACUUUCAACUUCAUUAGAAGAUCCAACUUCGAUUAAUCAAAGGUCAGAUGAAGGUGUGGGUGGUAGUUUGAAAAAUGUUGAUGGUGUUUUGGCAGAUGAAUCCAGAAUGUUAUUUGUCGAUGGACUUCCAACUGAUUGUACAAGAAGAGAAGUGUCUCAUCUUUUCCGCCCUUUCAUUGGUUUCAAAGACAUCAAAGUGGUCCACAAGGAACCUAGACGUGCUGGAGAUAAAGCUCUUGUGUUAUGCUUUGUGGAAUUCAUGGAUGCAAAGUAUGCUGCAACAGCUCUAGAUGCCCUUCAAGGUAUUUGAUUAUGGAAUGUAUUUGAAGUUGCAAAUUUGGCAUCCUAUGCACACAUGAAUGCCUUUUGAUGAUCUGAUGCUCACAUGAAUGUGUCUUGUCAUGAUCUAUAUGAUGUACAUUUAAUUUGGGAUUCCCUUAGUGAUCCGUGUAGUUUUCAUUUCCAAAUAAGAAGUGGUGGCAAUAUUUAAUUCUUGGCGAUUACAUACAGUUUGAAUUUGUCCAUUCUGAAUCUUUUGAUUGAAUCUUAAGGAUGCAAUGCGUCACACCUGCUGUAAUUGGUUCAGUGAUUAAAUUUACACUGGAAUUUUGUUUCCUAAGUGAGAAAAGCCCUAGCAUCAUAAUCUGCUUCAUAGAGAGAGAACUCAGAUUUCCUCUAGAAAUUCGCCUCCAACCAAGGUUCCUUUUAGCUUCUAUUCUCCAUACCAUGUCUAGGAAACUCUUGAAAAUUUGUCAACUGUGAAUUGGAGCUAAACUGAACCAUUCAUGGGAAGACUUAGGGUCAUAGAUAAUGGAACGGACUCAUUUACUGGAACAGCUAGUUGUUGUCUUUGUGAUCUCGUAGUGAAAUUGCAGAUUUGCUUAUGAAAGAAAACAUAACUAUGUUAUAAUUGCUUCUGUAAAAGCCUUAAAAACACUAGAUACUUGAAGGAGAAACCCUAGAGUUCCAACCCCAUCUUCCACAAAACCUGGGGCAUCAGGCAUUCAUUAUUAGAGUCUUGACAUUACAAACUUGGCUUCCUUUGUUACUAACCUUGUAUGUGUAAGAGAGAGAGAGAACUGUGUCUUCCAUUGAAAUCCGGCCAUCAUUAGUAGAACAUUGAUAUUGCAAACUCAGCUGCCUUUGUUACUAACCCCGUCUCUGUAUGUGUAUGCAUAUGUGCAUGCAUGUGUGUGUGUGUGUGAGUGAGAGAGAGAGAGA